UAGGACCGUCAACAGUCUUCUGGACCACUUCAGAGUCUUCAAAUAUACCGACUCUCCUCCCGUGGCCCAUCAUGAAGACCACCUGGAAAGACAUUGCGCCCGUCCCGACGAGCCAGGAGUUCCUCGACAUCGUUCUCAGUCGCACUCAGAGGCAACUCCCCACGCAGAUUCGAGCUGGUUUUAAGAUCAGUCGAAUUAGAGGAUUCUACACUCGGAAGGUCAAAUAUACCCAGGAGACAUUUUGCGAAAAGUUUCAGGCCAUUCUCGAUGGAUUUCCCCGGUUACAAGAUGUCCAUCCCUUUCACAAGGACUUGAUGAACACUCUGUACGACGCCGAUCAUUUCAAAAUCGCUCUGGGCCAGAUAUCCACGGCCAAACAUCUUAUCGAAACUGUCUCUCGCGACUAUGUUCGCCUUAUCAAAUAUGCACAGUCUCUUUUUCAAUGCAAGCAGCUCAAGCGCGCCGCUCUCGGUCGCAUGGCAACUAUUUGCAGACGCCUGAAGGACCCUCUGAUUUACCUGGAGCAGGUUCGCCAGCAUUUGGGUCGUCUGCCGUCAAUUGACCCCAACACUCGUACGCUCUUGAUCUGUGGAUAUCCCAAUGUCGGAAAGUCCAGCUUCCUGCGUAGCGUGACCCGUGCCGACGUCGAUGUUCAGCCUUAUGCGUUCACCACGAAGAGUUUGUUCGUCGGCCAUUUUGAUUACAAGUACCUGCGCUUCCAAGCUAUCGAUACUCCGGGAAUUUUGGAUCAUCCGCUUGAGGAAAUGAACACCAUUGAAAUGCAGUCCAUCACGGCUGUUGCCCAUCUCCGCUCUGCGAUCUUGUACUUUAUGGAUUUGUCGGAGCAGUGCGGCUAUUCGGUCGCCGACCAGAUCAAACUUUUCCACAGCAUCAAGCCGCUGUUUGCCAACAAGAUUGUCUUCGUUGUGGUCAACAAAAUUGAUAUUAAGCGUCCCGAGGAUCUGGAGCCCGAGCUGCAGGAACAACUUCAGACGAUGCUAAAGUCCGGCGAUGUGGAGCUGCUGCAGUUGUCUUGCACAACAACUGAGGGUGUAACGGCUGUGAAGAAUGCGGCUUGCGAUAAGCUACUUGCAGAGCGAGUUGCCCAGAAGCUGAAGUCUGGAACUGCCAGCUCUGGCACCCCUAGCGGACGUCUCGGUGAUGUUUUGGCUCGUAUUCACGUUGCACAGCCUCUUGGAGGAGUCACACGCGAAACAUUCAUCCCUGAGGCUGUCAAGUCGCUCAAGAAAUAUGACAAGAAUGACCCCGAGCGGAGGAGAUUGGAACGUGACAUCGAGGAGGAGAAUGGUGGCCCUGGUGUAUACAAUGUUGAUCUUCGGAAAGACUACACUCUGGCAGAUGAUGAAUGGAAGUACGACAAGAUUCCUGAAAUCUGGAACGGCAAAAACAUCUACGAUUACGUUGAUCCAGACAUCGAGGCCAAGUUGGCUGCUCUCGAGGAGGAAGAGGAGAAACUGCAAACAGACGGCUACUAUGACUCUGACGAGAGUGUCGAGGAUGCUGAAGAUGCCGACAUUCGCAUGAAGGCGGAUUUGAUUCGCGAGAAGCGGGUGCUGAUGCGCAAUGAGGCCAAGAUGCGGAAGUCCCUCAAGAACCGCGCGGUCAUCCCGCGUAGCGCCAAGGCCAAGAAGGUGUCCGAGAUGGAGGCUGCCUUGGACUCGGCUGGAUAUGAUGUCGAUGCAGCUUCUGCCCGUGCCAGGUCUCAGAGUCACGCUCGUGGCCGCACCACAACCCGUGGUGAUACCGCUAUGGGUGAGGAUGGUGAUGCUAUGGAUAUCGACUCGACCGAUCCGCGCCAGGCUAUUGCACGGGCCAAGAGCCGUGCUCGCACGCAGCCCACUACUAACCGUCUUGUUGACGGUGUUGCUGACGCGACGGCUCGUAGCAAGGCCGAGCGCCUGGCAAAACUGAGCCAGAAGAAGAUGAACCGGAUGGCACGGCAGGGAGAAGCGGACCGACACACAACUGCAUCUCUCCCCAAGCAUUUGUUCUCCGGAAAACGUACUAUUGGCAAGACGCAGCGUCGUUAGCCUGCUCGCAGCUGUUUCCGUUGACGAUGCGAUGAGGCCCUUAAUUUCCCCUUGUUGUCGGCUUUGGCACCGGUUUCUGAAAAUGGCGUUUGGCGGAUAAUGCUUUUUAUUUGAUUCUUUUCCUCUACUUUGUUGCCUCUAUAUCAGUGUGCUUCCAACUGAACAUUUACAUCUGGGUUGAUGAGUAUAAAAUACCAACGGGUGCCGUGACUGCCCAUAUUUGACAUCUGCAGCAGAAACAUGGAUAGAUGUUUAUAAAAUCAAGCAAAAGCAACACAACUGGCAUGACUAUUCCGUGAGAAAGAGGGAACCAGAACCCUGAGGAUCUACAAGCUUGUAACGUCGAGAUGCAACUUCGGGGCAUUUGUCAAAGCACCCCACAACCCUGUCAUGAGGUGCUUCUCCAUACUUGCUAUUAUUUAAAUUUAACCAUUUAACCGUCC